AUGGAAAUACCCGCCCGGGAGAUGGAAAUCAACAGCAGUAACCCGAAUCAUUGUGCAAAUUUCAAUAUCGUUGCCAGAGCUCCCCCUGCCGCAGUCGAGAAUCAGUGUGUGGUCCAGCUUGUGAACAUGUCCAAGAAGGUCUUCGAUCAACUGCAAGACGAUUCUGCGCCUGCUCGGGACUUCGUGCAAGAGAUAGAGAUGUCGACUGGAGCCCUCAUCAAGGCCGUGGAUCGUGAGAUGACUCGGUUAUCUCCAGGCCAACACUUCGGCCAGCAGAAGGCUCGGAAAGAGUACUUCUUCCAAGUCGCGGGUUCGGUUGCGCAAGUUGAACGAGCCAAAGACGAGCUAGAAAGGACUUUCAAAAAUCAAUGCCACGACGACGAGCGCGUCUCUCUCAAAAUGGACGUCUCGUUCUCCGACCACUCAUUCAUUAUCGGACGCUUCGGACGCGGCAUCCAGAACGUCUCGCACGAAACGAACUGCCUCAUACAUUUCCCCGAUUCGAACAAGAACAAACAGUAUGAGAAGAGCAACCAGGUCUCGAUCUCCGGACCACCGGAGGGCGUGCUGGAGGCUCGCCGUCGAAUUCGGAAGCUCCUGCCGAUCUCUUUCGCGUUCGUGAUCGCGGACGCUCAUCACAACGAUGCCAUGUGGCAGGUCGGCCCCCAGAUUUUCGAAGUUCGACCUCGGGUGCAAGAAAUGAUAAACAUUCUCCAAAACGAGCAUCGAAUCACCAUAACCAUGCUACCAAUGCACAGCCUCCAGUCAUCGGCUGCAUUGGUCACAGUUCGAGGACGGCAUGCCAACAUCGAUCGCAUCAAAGACGGAAUUCUCAAAUUGAUGGCGUUCCUGGCACCAGACAAUCCCCAGCUGUCCGUUUACGUAGGCAUCGAGGUCUCCCCUCAUCAUCUCGAUUUCGUGACGGGACCUUCAGGGAUCAAACUGUUCGAAUUGAUGAGGGAGACGAACACCACCAUCGAGAUCCCCGAGAUUCUCGAUCGACGUCAGUCGAUCCCAACGGUCCGGAUCGUCGGCCAGGUUCUGAACGUCUACGACGCUUGGGUGAAAUUCAUGGAUCUAUUGCCGUUGGCAUUGCUGGUCGAGAUCCCUGCCGACGCGAGUCCCAUCCCGGACCUUCCUCCGCUGCCAACCGAGGGCGCUUGGAGCGUCGGCGAUGACAAUCUGCUCCCGCUCACCGAGGACCUGUCCUUCGCGUCAUCGUGCGGUGCCUCGAGAAUCGACGACAUUGCUCAUACCCUAAACGAGCACCUGGAGCCAUACGAUAUAACGUUGAUUUCCCGUCAAAAAAGUCGGGAAAUCCGGGAAAUCAAUCGUCAGUGGUGGCUUGUAAUCAAAGGUCCGGAGAAAUAUGUCGAUAUCAUGUUCGAGAUCCACAAGUCUCUCAACAAGGACGACCCAGUGGCCCACGUGCUAUCGUACAUUCAGGAAAUUCCAGAGCCGGCUCGGUACUCGAGAUACAGCUUCCGACCAUCCAAUCGCAUCGGCUCCGCACUCAUCGGUUCGGAUGUGGAUCGCUGCUUCCGACCUGGUGCCGCGGACUUGACGAACGCUUGGGCUGCGCCUCCGAAUACGGCCGCCUUGCGCCAACGAUCUUCCGCCUUGAACUGGUCCCAAGACGAAGCAACCUCCUCGAUGACCUCUACGCCGAUCAAACCGACGCGUCAAACGAGUAGCCAAGUCGACUCGUCGAGCCUCCCGAAUUCUUACUGGAAAGAAGCUUCCAAUGAGCCGUUGCCGAGCUCCUUCUUGAGCGCUUUGGAGGAAUCGAUGGAUUCCGUGCGUUUGGCGUCCGGUCGGUCUUCAAACUCUGGAUGCGCGGGUCGGGAUUCGUUUGCUCUGAACGGUGCUGCUAGUGGGUACUCGAGCUUCCGCGCUCCGUCAGUCCGGACACACUCGCUGCUCGGAACUUCAAGCUCUUCGACUGGCCAAGAUCAAGCUUGCUCCUUCGGGAAGACGAGCCACCCAUUGUUCGACGACGAUAUUCUCCGGGACUGUCUGAAGGACCUCCCGUCGUCAUCCAAUACCCUCAGUGACAUGCGUUCUUGCGCCAGCAAUGGCAGUUCUUUCGAUUCUUUCGUAGGUGCUAAACAAGGUUUCGGCAAUGCACCCUUGGCUACAUCGUCCGAUAUAUUCUUCGGUAACUCGAAGCGUCCGACAUACAAGGAUCACCCACGUCAUUCAUUCUUCUCGAGUUACAGCACCGAGAGCGAUUUCGCAUCGCGUUCCACCAAGAGCCUCGACUUAGAUUCGGCUUCUCCGAUGCAUUCAGAUCUCGGAAACUCGGAUUCUGGCUACUCGGUUCUGAAGGAGGGUUUCGGAAACCUCGACUUCGAUGCAAUGUGUUUCAAGACCACCGGGGAACGUGCCAACGAUGCGAGUCGCUACAAUCUCUGGGGUCAAGACAACACUCGGGGAAAGACUUUCGACGCUGCGCCAGGGUCCGGAAGAGAGGGUCAUUCUUAGAGGCUAUGAUCAUCCGUACGGCAGUGUUCUUCGCGGCACAGGUCCUUGAUCCGUCGGCCUCGAAACCUAACAACCCAGAUGAUCUAGAAACGAAUCAAGAAACCCGAACCAUGUGUGCGAAGUAACUGCGGCCUUAUCGAUCUCAAGAUAUUCAGCUAAGAAGGAAGAUUGUAUCCUAAAUGCGAAAAGACAUCCAACUCACUCAAUUGCAACUCCUGAGAGAAGGGAGACCGUGUGUGUGACUUAGUGAUUGAGCACGCGGAGCGACCCUCCCAUUACUUAACCUAUCAUUCAACGAACCAACCUAAAGGAAAAAAACAUCCCAGCAGGACGACAAGUGACUUGAUGCCAGUGUCCCUUCGGACGCCAUCUGAGAAGAGGACUUUUAGAAGAGGACCUUAUAUGACCUACUUGGAUGAGAAAAAAAGUUGAACGAAAAUUCAGAAGAACUGAGCGAAAACAGAUUUACAAACUAAAUUAUAAUCUCUACCAAUAUCGAUUAUGCUCUGCCUCCAUGGACAUCUAAGAGAGACGCCACGGUCAGUGGAACUACGAUAUCGAAAGAUAGUAUCUCCGAUACUGCUAACGCCAAGUGGUCGAUGCGAACGAACAACGACGGGAUUCUUCGAUGCGAAGAGAGGUAUGAAUAGAAACUUCCGGAACCGAAGACGGAAAGAGAGUUCCAAUAGAAUGGGAGACGAUUCUCAGCAUUGAGUUGCGGCGCGUCGUCGCUCCGGGAACUUCGCGUCAGACAUGCGGAUGUUCCGAUUAUGCCUUAAUCAACCUUUUGCUAUUACAUACUCUAAUCGAAACUUCAUGAUAUUAGUCGAUCCUCAUUUUGUUAGAACAGGAGGAUUGGUGAUUGUUAACCUUAAGCGGAACGAAGAAUACAUAGAUUUUGAGAGAUAUAUUUGAGUAUAUAUUUGAAAAAGAGGAAGCGAUUGUUUGAGAGACGUAUAAGUUUUGUCAUGGAUUGGAAACUAUGGUCAGGACGUACACGAAUUACCGCAGAGAUCGAAGCACGGCUCCGCGAUCACUCGAAUUCGUACGAAAGCUUGAGACGGGAAACGAACUGGACCAGAGGGCGACCCAUGUCGUCAUCAGUGCUAAACCGACAAUCGAUGGAGUUAUCUGCGGCGUGAAGUCGUCGAGAGCUUGGCGAAAAUCGACAAUAUCACAACAUCGACGAGGUCGAGUUGACGGAACUCCGGGAGUGUCGCCUUUGCAACUCUUAACAUCAGGCUCUCAAGUCUUUUAUGCUCUCCCGCGGUCAGAUCAGCGCAUGGUGCGCGGUCGACCAUGGAGAAUUUUGGAAUCGUCUUGAGCCGGCUCGGUGCCCGUUCGAACGAAUAUGGGUUUGCAUUUUUCAGAGAUAUUUGCUUGGAGCUGUUGAUUGAGCUAGCCUGUCGACCUUGUUCUAAAACCACAGAUGACUCUAUCUAGCACCUAGUUCAUCCAUUUUAUUAAUCUCUGCGAUGUGAACGAAAAGAAACGAUAAAAUAGAAAGCUGGUCCGCUUCACUACGCGUUGUUACUACGAUUAAUAUUGGAUCAAUGUUUGGAUAAAUAAAUAAAUAAACAUGUAAGG